UCUAUACUUUCCUCUCCAGCCUUUUUUUCUUGCCCUCCAUUAUCUCAUCGCCAAAGUUCACGUGACGUGAAUCACGUGAAUUACGUUUACGCGCAAAACUGACUGCUGGGAACAAGUUGUGGUUUCAGCAGAACAUAAGCCCAGCGCAAAAGUAAAGGGUAGGAAGUGAGAUGAGUUCGCCUGAGAGAAGCACGCAUUCGCGGCGGGAUGACGAGAGAAGCGGGAGUCGUGAGCAUCGGCACCAUCAUCAUCAUCGACACCACCACAGCAGCAGCGGCAGUGGUAGCCACCGGUCUGGCGAUUCGCGAUCGCAGCAGCAUCACCGGCACCACCACAGUUCGUCGUCGGCUCGCAGGUCUGAUGAUAGAGAGCAUAGACGGCAUAGAGUUGACUCGAGGGAUCGGGUGGAGAAGCCUAGAUCGUCGCAGGAUCGGAGGGUUGGUGAGAGGGAUAGAGACGCGAGGAGGUAUAGAGAUGAUCGGUCGUAUGGGAGUUCAUCGCGGAAUGAGCAAAGUGACCGAGCUUGGCCUUCUUCCUCGGGGUCCAAAUUACCUCCAGAAAUCCAGGAUCUCGAGCGGAAUAUCAUAGUCGAGGACGACGACGACGAAGACGCAGCAAACAAAGAUGAAGGCGACGAAGACGAAACCGAGGAAGAGCGCAAAGAACGCGAGCGCCGGGAGCGCGACGCCCGCUCGCAAGCCCUCACGCUCGAGAUCCUCGGCGAUCUUCCGUACGCGGAGGUCAAGCCUCCCGAGAACGUGCUUUUCAUCUGCAAGUUGAACCCGAUCACCGAGGACGAGGAUCUGCAGACGUUUUUUUCGCAGUGCGGCAAGAUUCUGAGCUGUGAGAUUAUCAAGGAUCCAAAGACGGGAAAGUCUUUGCAGUACGGGUUUAUUGAGUAUGAGAAUAGCAAGGAUUGCGAGAAUGCGUAUGUGCGUAUGCAGGGGGCGUUGAUUGAUGACAGUAGGAUACAUGUGGAUUUCAGUCAGAGUGUGAGUAAAUUGUCGACGAUGUGGAGGAAGCGGACGAACAGUAAACGAUUACAGGAAGCAAAAGAGUCAGCUACGCCAAAAGCUACGAAGAAGAAAUGGAGGGAUUAAAUAGGUAUGUAGCAAUGAAAAGUUUA